UUGUGUAUACUCGUAUAUAGAAUAUAGCUCUUCAUUAUUGAAAAAUUUUAUUUUGCAAUGAAAAUUACUAACGUGACAAAAGAUAUUGGAUUUAAAUGUAUUUUUUUGCUAUUGGUUAUAUGUACUUGUGAAACUGACUCAGAUGACAAAAAUAUAAACAAACUUCUUAAUAAUCAAGUUAUUGUGAGCAGACAAAUCAUGUGUGUUUUGGAAAAAAGCCCUUGUGACCAACUUGGUAGGCAGUUGAAAGCUGCUCUUCCGGAAGUUAUUUUACGAAACUGUCGUAACUGUUCGCCACAACAAGCUCAAAAUGCUCAAAAAUUAACAAAUUUUUUACAAGCUAGAUAUCCAGAUGUUUGGGCAAUGCUUCUGAAGAAAUAUCAAAAUAUAUAAAGCAUAACUGUUAUAAUCAAACAUUACAUAUAUGGUAUAACAAAAUCUUUUUUGAUGUAGAUGUAUUUUUGCCGUUAUAGCUAUUUAAAAUCCAUACAAAGUAAAUUAUCAUGCUAAAUAAG